GAGCCCGCCCUGGCUCAGUAGGGGGCGCCAAAGCGCCUCACUGCAGCAUCCCGGCGGCGGAGCGGUGGCCUCGACCGGGCAGAGCUCGCGUCCUGCCGCAGUCUGUCCGCCGCGAGCGCCGGGGAGGGGACCCCCGCGGGCCCGCGCUCCCUGCCGCUGCGGCUCCCACCCGCGAUCGCAGCCUGGCCAGUCGGACGCACCAGCUGCAGCCUGGGCUGGUGGCGGCGGAGGGCUUCGUGGUCCUGGGGGACCCACUGCGAACUUGCAAAGGACCGCAGCUCCCCCGGCCUGGAGAGCGAACAGGAUUGUGGACUCUUCCAAAAUUUACAAUGAUAUGGUGACUUCAAUGACCGGGAACAAAAGAAUUUGCUCAGAUAUUUAGUUUUAACAACAGUAAAUUCUACCAAAACCCACCAUGGCUAAAAGUGCGGAGGUCAAACUCGCAGUAUUUGGGAGAGCAGGCGUGGGGAAAUCAGCACUUGUGGUGAGGUUUCUGACGAAAAGAUUCAUCUGGGAAUAUGAUCCCACCCUCGAAUCAACCUACCGACACCAAGCAACCAUCGAUGAUGAAGUUGUUUCCAUGGAGAUACUAGAUACCGCUGGGCAGGAAGACACCAUUCAGAGGGAAGGCCACAUGCGGUGGGGGGAAGGCUUUGUGCUGGUCUAUGACAUUACUGACCGAGGAAGUUUUGAGGAAGUGCUGCCUCUGAAGAAUAUCCUAGAUGAGAUCAAAAAGCCCAAGAACGUGACUCUCAUCUUGGUUGGAAACAAAGCUGACUUGGACCACUCCAGACAAGUGAGUACAGAAGAAGGGGAGAAGCUGGCCACGGAAUUGGCCUGUGCUUUUUAUGAGUGCUCCGCCUGCACAGGUGAAGGGAACAUCACAGAGAUCUUCUAUGAGUUGUGUCGAGAGGUGCGUCGCAGGAGAAUGGUGCAGGGCAAGACCAGGAGGCGCAGCUCCACCACACACGUCAAGCAGGCCAUCAACAAGAUGCUCACCAAGAUCAGCAGUUAGGCACCUCUGGUCUCGCACAGGCCCUCUGAGAUGAGUUGAGUCAUCGGAAACACUCUCUUGCCCUUUUUCUUCCCCUCCAAAAGUGAAAGAAAGAAGUGUUCCUUCCUUGUGUUGACUCUGGGACAUGUCUAGGCUUCCCAUCUUGCUGGGAAGUUUUAGAGUGUUGUAUGCAAUUCCAGUGCUGAUAAUUUCUCCCCUCCCUGCUUGCAUAGGAUCCACUCUAAUCUAGUUUGAAGAUGUAACCACCAGAGAUUCUGAAAUGGCAGGGUUUGCAUUAAGCUAUUUUUAGGCAUCUCCACCUUGGGUAAAUAAGUUGAAGUGUUUUCAAAGGUAUUUUAAAAUUCAAUUUCUUGUCAAAGACUACAGAUGAUGAUCAUAAAUGUCUAAGAAGGCAGGAAGUACAGUAAAAACAGCAGAAGGGAAGCUGAGUUAUUGGAACAGGAAAUAGAACUCUAGUUCCUAUUUGAAGUGAGGAUUUUCUGAAAUAAAUCAUGCUGUUUUUCUUUAGUCUUUUAGUUUGCUCUUAAGUUGAAACAUGUCCUCAUUAAAGUGUCUCACUGUAAGGAAGAGUUCAUUUCCAUUUGAGUUGGUUCUUUCAAUGGCAUAUUGAUUGUUACAGCCUAAUUCUUCUUCCUUGGCUCAAAUAAGAUUUUAAUUAUAAUAGAGGCAGCAGAACCAGCAAUUCAGACUCUGCUAGGGCUUUUCUCCCCAAGUCCAGGGUGUUAUAAAAUAUUAGGAAUCUUUUUAUAAAUGCUGACUUUACUGCCUGCUAGUAGAAGAGUUAGAAUUAGAGACCUGUCUUUCUUACUCUGUUUUCCAGCUUUUAUCAGAAAAAAAAAAUCAGUCCAAGCAACAGGAAAAUUAAAAAUGGUUCUAAACUAACCCUCCAUCAGAAGCCAAAUCUCUAUACUAAUCACAGUCAGAAAAAACUGUCUGAUUCAUUAAGUUGACCACGUGACUACCUUUAAAAUUUUGGGUAAAUUAACUCAUUUAAGAGAAUUCAGAAAAUAAUGGGUAAAGUUCACUAUACCUGAAUAAAUGUAUAUAAAGUUCAUUCUUGUACUGUGAAAGUACAGUCUAUAACUGAAAAACUAUGAUUUUUUUUCUCCCUAUUAUGCCCCCAUAUAUCAAGAUUUGGGCACUUUAUUUUAGAAGAAAAUAUAUCUUUUACAUAUGUAUGUAUUUAUAAAUGCAUAGUUAUAUGUAUAAAAAUUUGUAAGUGUUGGAAGCUUUAAUUCACCAAUGUAUUUUAACAACUUGGUGUAACUGACUUUAUUUUAUGUGACUAUAAUAAAAAGCAUAAUUUUCAAACUA